AUGAAUUGAAAAGUUCGUGUACGUUUAGCAGCACAUGUAAAUCUGUGUUUAGCGUGCCGUUGACGUAUUUUCACACCUGUAAUCCUCACUCCUCAGUAGAGAAAAAUGGAGUAUUACAAAAAGAUAGCUACAGGAUCUGCCCGACAUGGUAAACCCAUCGAUCAGAAUUAUUCUUAUGGUACCGCGGGAUUCCGUUGCCGGGCAAAUCUUCUGGAUUCUGUGAUGUACAGGAUGGGUAUCCUUGCAGCACUUAGAUCAAAACAGACGAAAGCCACUGUUGGAGUAAUGAUAACCGCAUCCCACAAUCCAGAGGAGGAUAAUGGUGUGAAGUUGGUAGAACCUAUGGGUGAGAUGCUCGUUCCAGAUUGGGAACGAUAUGCAACUUGGAUGGCAAACUCCAGCAAUGAGGAUCUUGAGAGCACAGUGAAGAAGGUGAUCAAAGAAGCAGAAGUAGACCUCUCAGUGUCUGCUAAUGUAUUCGUAGCCAGAGAUACAAGACCCAGCAGUGUAUCUCUUGUUCAGUCGCUGAAGGAUGGUGUCACUGCUAUGGAAAGCCAACUAACGGAUUAUGGCUUGUUGUCAACACCCCAGCUUCAUUAUAUGGUAAGGUGCUACAACACUAAGCAAGCAUAUGGACAGCAUACAGAACAAGGCUAUUACAAGAAAUUGGCCCAUGCAUUCCACAGUCUUCACAAGCUGAGUGAUGUAGGAGGCGGAGACUACAGUAAUCAAAUCUUGCUUGAUGGAGCCAAUGGGGUUGGUGCCCUCAAAGUGAUGCAGUUCCUAAACCAUAUGGAGAGCUCUAUCCUUAAUAUUACUGUAUGUAACGAUGGAUCAAAUGGCAAACUCAAUGAGAUGUGUGGAGCCGACUAUGUGAAAGUUCAGCAGAAGCCAUCAUCAGGUAUGCCAAGCCAAGUAGGAGUGAAGUGUGUGUCCUUUGAUGGCGAUGCAGAUCGAAUUGUUUAUUUUUACAUCGACACAAAUCAGUGCUUUCAUCUCCUUGAUGGCGACAAGAUAGCGACAUUGAUUGCUGGUUAUAUUCAAGAAUUACUAACACAGAGUGGAUUGCAGCUCAAUUUGGGUCUUGUGCAGACAGCAUAUGCCAACGGAAGUUCCACAAAAUAUGCAUCAGAAACUCUAAAAGUGCCUGUUGCCUGUGUAAAUACGGGCGUGAAACACCUACACCACAAAGCUCAGAAGUUUGACAUUGGAGUCUACUUUGAAGCCAAUGGACAUGGAACAGUACUUUACAGUAAAAAUGCAGAGGAGAAAAUCCAGCAAGCCUGUGAAGAUUCAAGCCUUUCAAAGGAUCAGCAGAAAUCCGCUACCGUCCUGAAACAUUUUGUUGACCUCACAAACCAGACUGUAGGAGAUGCACUCUCUGAUCUGCUCCUGGUAGAGACCAUUCUCUGGGCUAAAAGAUGGACGGUAGACACAUGGAAUGCAUCCUAUACAGACCUCCCUAACAGACAACUCAAAGUCAAGGUGGCUGACCGAACAGCAGUCCAGACAACAGAUGCCGAGAGACAGUGCACCAGACCGGCUGGCUUACAGGAUGCCAUCAACACCCUGAUAGCAAACUACCAAUCAGCGCGCUCGUUUGUGAGACCAUCGGGAACAGAAGAUGUCGUCAGGGUCUAUGCUGAAGCUGCAACGAGAGAACAAGCAGACAAACUAGCUUAUGAAGUGGCAGGAAAAGUAUAUGAUCUAACCAACGGUGUUGGUGAUCGCCCAGUAGCUCCAUCAAGCUGAUCUGAUCAUCAUGUAUUGUACUGCAAUCGCCUUCUAAUAUCUUCAGGAAAGGAUCAAAGAGCUUAAAUUCUGUUAUGUAAAUUGGCAACAAAGAUUUUGUUUCCUUUUAGUAUUUUUUUAGUGCUAUAUUGUCAUACAUAUAUUUGAUAUUUUAGACUUUUUAGCCAUUAACGUGCUGUUUUCACAUUCCAACGUCUUUGGAAACGGAUAUUUUAUAGACUUCCUUUCAUUAAAUUGGCAGCAUAGUUCAUUUUACUCUAUUUUUGCAUUGUUACACAGUCAUGAAAUAAUUUGUCAACCUGUAUAAGCAUUCUCACACUGUUUUAUUUUCUGAAAUAAAACAUUUUACAACUCAGUGGUAUGAUAUUAGUGUUAAAAUGCAUAGUUAGGUGCCAAGUACAGUUCAUUGAUGUUUUGCCAAUUUGUAGUGUAACUUGAUGAUUCAAUUUGUUUUUUAUGUGUUACCAAUUCAAAGAAUAUUACACUUUUCCACCAUAAAAUGCAUAGCAUUUCGACAUGGUCAUCCAAUCACCUGUGUAUUGAUUUUUAUUACCUGCGUACUAAUGAACUACUAAGUAAAAGGUACGUAGAUAAAAUCAUUAAUGAAUAAGAAUGAUUUUAACAUUGUGGUAAAAGUAAAAACAUAACAUUUUAUUUGUUAUUCCGGUUCAUGAUUUCCAAGUGAAUUGCAAUUCAUUUUUCAUUUCAUACAUACUUCCAUGUCAGUCUUUUGAAAAGAGUUACUUUUCAAAUGCUCUAAAUGCUUGUCACAUGGCAAGGAAAUGGUGAUCAAAACAUGUGUGACAUGUAUAUAACUCUUGUGAAUUACAGUUCAGAUGUUUUUAGUGCUGAUAUACUUCCAUAUCAUUCAUGAGAAAAUUAUAUAGGUUUUUGUUUGUUGAAAGGAUUAUGAUUCUAAUGCCCACAAUGCUUGUCAUGUGACGAGUAAAUGGUGAUUAAAACAUGACUGACAUGUUAUGACUUCCAUAUGAAUUGCAGUAUUAUUCAGUAUUUAAAAAAAAUAAUUAUGGCGUUACAGUACUUAGUUACAAAUUACAUGUACAUCAUGAAGUAUAUAAAUUUGUUGGUAUUCAAAGGCCGGUGCACACUACAUGAACCAUUGCAAUUAGAUUUACAAAGGUAUUGAAAUAGCAUUUGAUAUGUGAACAUUCUAAUGAUCAAACUUCCAAAUAGUGGUAUGAAAUUCCAAUCUAUUUUGAGCCUCUCUAUAGGAAUAAAGCAAAUCCAUUCCAAAUCUUGAUGCCGUCAUCGACUGCAACUUCUGUAUCAUUAUUCUUAUAGUUUUUGGUAACUUAUUUGAUAUCAGGGUGGACUUCUAUUUUCAGUCUUGUAUAAUCAAAACUCUACACUUAUGCAGGUGUUAGAAACAUGUAUAUAAUAUUGGAGAUAUUAUCAGUAAAAAUAGAUAUUGUAGUAUAAUGCCAAAUUUUAGUUUUUUUAUUUGACAGUUCCAUCUGCCAUGUGUAUAGGUUAUUCUGUAAAUUACACUUUAAAUUUUGUGUAUAUUUCUUAAUAGUGGACAGGUGAGUAACUGCUCAUUAAAUUUUUUUUUCUGUAAGUGCACUUUGAAAAUCUAGACAAUUGAAUGCGUUGUUCUUUUCUUGAGAAUUGGUGGAUAGAUUGUAAAACUUGAAAGAGUGCUAAUUGACCCACCAUUCCAAUCACUUGCAUCAUUCUGUGUUUCUGCUAAAUCAUUCUAUCAAAAAAAUCAUAUACUGUUAAUAGACACUUCAAUGGUAUUCUGUAAGUCCUGGAUGUUUAUUUGUAUGUUAAUUUAGAAAUAUUGGCCAUAAAUUGUUGCACUUUCAAGCUUCAAGCAAUUCUGGAAAUAAAAACAACUCAGAACGGUCUGAUCUUAGUUUUAAAAGUUUUUCUGUACAUUUGUACUAAAACAAGAAGACAGUACAUAUAUCUGCUGGCAUUCAGUGCACCUAUUUAUUUUAUGAUGAUUGCUGAUUUGGCUUUGUUUUGCUUUAAUUAUGGGAUAUCAAUAUGAUUUACAAAUAUUAUAAGGGGAAAAAUGAGAGAGCUGGGAAACCCUGACAUUAAACAAUUUUUUUUCAGGAUAUGGUGAAGAUGGCUGUUCAUAAGACGAUUCAACCCUAUAUAUCGCACCAAAGAUUAAAUAACAUUCCACUGUUAUUGUAUUAGACUUUCUGCAUAGUAGUUUAUCUGUUUGUUGAAAAGUAUAUAAAGAUCAUCACUCAGUCUGUGAACUAUAAUUGUAUUCAUCCACCCCCCCCCCCCC